CAGGCCGGAGCCCAUGGCGGAGGGCGGCGGGCGGGCCGGGCCGGCGCCCGCAGGUCCUAAUCUGAAGGAGUGGCUGAGGGAGCAGUUCUGUGACCACCCGCUGGAGCACUGCGAGGACACGAGGCUGCACGACGCCGCCUACGUGGGGGACCUGCAGACCCUUCGGAGCCUGCUGCAGGAAGAGAGCUACCGGAGCCGCAUCAACGAGAAGUCCGUGUGGUGCUGCGGCUGGCUCCCCUGCACGCCCCUGCGCAUCGCCGCCACCGCGGGCCACGGGAACUGCGUGGACUUCCUGAUCCGCAAGGGGGCUGAGGUGGACCUGGUGGACGUGAAGGGGCAGACGGCUCUGUACGUGGCUGUGGUGAACGGGCACCUGGAGAGCGCCCAGAUCCUCCUGGAGGCUGGCGCCGACCCCAACGGAAGCCGGCACCACCGCAGCACGCCCGUCUACCACGCCUCGCGCGUGGGCCGGGCGGACAUCCUGAAGGCCCUCAUCAGGUAUGGGGCGGACGUCGAUGUCAACCACCACCUGACUCCUGACGCCCAGCCCCCUUUCUCACGGAGGCUCACCUCCUUGGUGGUCUGCCCGCUGUACAUCAGCGCUGCCUACCACAACCUGCAGUGCUUCAAGCUGCUGCUGCAGGCGGGGGCGAACCCGGACUUCAACUGCAACGGCCCCGUCAACACGCAGGGCUUCUACAGGGGCUCGCCCGGCUGCGUCAUGGACGCCGUCCUGCGUCAUGGCUGCGAGGCGGCCUUUGUCAGCCUGCUGGUGGAGUUUGGAGCCAACCUGAACCUGGUCAAGUGGGAGUCCUUGGGCCCAGAGUCGAGAGGCAGGAGGAAGGUGGACCCUGAGGCGCUGCAGGUCUUUAAAGAAGCCAGAAGUGUCCCCAGGUCCCUGCUGAAUCUGUGCCGUGUGGCUGUGAGAAGAGCACUCGGCAAAUACCGCCUCCAUCUGAUCCCCUCGCUGCCUCUGCCAGACCCCAUAAAAAAGUUUCUGCUUUACGAGUAGAAUUCUGGAGCGGCGUUGAUUGCAGUGAAGAGGCGGCAGUGACCUGCCGUGCAAGUUGACACCGACUCUCGCCCCGUGACCAUGUCCUGUGCUGCCGAGUCCCGCCUGGCUGCAGGUGAAGCAGGACCAGCCUUGUCCCCCCGGACUGUGUUCUCUCUCAGGCGUUUGGGCAUCGGACAGUCUUGGGGUCAGUAUCUGUGUCAGCCGGGAGGCUCCUACACAACUUUAUUUUGUGCUUCCUCAGUCUGUUUGGAAAUUAAUGCAGUGGGCCUUGAAAUGUGAGCAAGUUGGGACCGCUGAUAUCCUGGAGGUCCUCAAGCUGGAGGUCUGCUGAUAUCCUGAGUAGAGAGGACUGGCAUCUUCCAGACUGCUUCUGGGUUCACAUCUCAACUUGAUGGCUUGAUUGCAGUCAAAUGAAAAAGGGAGUUUUGGUAAAAAAGCAGAGUACAGAGACACAGUUCCUGAACUUGUGAGUUUGUGUUCCCAGCUCCUGGGUUGAAUAUGUGAUGUUUACACACACACACACACACACACAAACACACACACACAUGCUUUCCUUGCCACCUCAGUGUUCUCUCCAUGUGGUGGGGGCGUCAUGUCAGUUGGCUUCAUUCAAGGAUGGUUUCCUGGCCACUUGGGUUGGCUUUACUGUCUCAAGGUCCGUACCUACAGUGUUCACAGUCUCUUUAGGUAAUGCUCAGAGCUCGACACCUAGCCCCAUACCCAGCUGUGCCCAGCAUCAUGCCAACAGGUCUCACGAGUUCUCUGCCAUUUCACUCUGGGGAGCUUCCAGAAGUCCGCUGAUUUCAGGAGGCCCACUGCCUCCACUUGGACCAAGGACCGUCCAACAGCAUCCACUGCCAGUUCUAACAGAAGUCCACGCAUGCACUGCGAAGUAGAAACUUGACUCGUCUUCUGGGUGGUUCAGAGCUUUCAGUUCCGUGGUGUCCUGUGGACAGAACAUCUUGUGUUUGGCUGAUUGUGCUUCACUUGUUUGGACCUGAUGUCUUGGUAGUUGCUCCUAGAACUGAACAGGGAGAUAACAGUGAGGUUAGAGGUCUCCUGUGGCCUGCCGGGGGCUAGGGGAGGGAGAGAACUGAGCUGGGUUAUCACCCAUCAGCUCGGCUGUGGGCAGGGCUGCGUGGCCAGACGUGUGUCAUGCUGGCACAGGUGGGCCAGUGGCUGCCUCUUUGAAGCGUCCAGGUGCUGUUGUUUGCAGGGAAAUCACAUCUGGUUGUUGAGGCCUCAGGACCAUUGUGUGGAUCCAUGGAAAGUGUUUAGAACUGGGCAGAUUUCACAUCUGUGUUUAGCUUUUCUGUAGCAGUUGAACAAAUGAUAUGGGUUUAUUUAAUUAUCAGCAUUGUUGUGUGUCUUCACUGACCAGACCGGCCUCCGUGAUUGAGGCUGGAGUUCUGAGUCUGCCUCCUGGCGUUGAUGGACGUGUGUUGGAAGCCAGGCCGGCCCAUUUGCACAUGAAUGAAUUCUGAGGGGAGAGAAGUCAUCGGUGAUUCAGAGGGGAAGAUGCAGCCACUGGAGUUUGUUGCAAGCUGAGGCCGCGGCCGCGGCCUUGGGGGCUCAAAAGCGGGCUGUGUGCUGCCGCUCUUGGCUGCGAACCUGCUGGGUGGGUUGGAUUCAGAGCUCGGGGUCCCACCUGCAGCAGGAGAGGCGUCCUGAGAGAGGAGGGGCCGUGGGCGGGUGGCAGAUGGUGCCUUUGCCACCAAAUCCGAGCACUGUGGGGCUUUGGUCCGGGAGAGCGAUAGUGUGCCGGUGGCCCUCGUGGUGGGACUCUCCGGCUCUGGGCAGUGGCUUCCAUCGCAGCUGUUGGGGGAGGGCUCUCCCUCGUAUAGGGCAGGGUUGUAGGAUAGCUGGAGCCUCUGGAGAGGGGCGGAGCCACAGGAGGGGGCCGAGCUGCCAGCGGGGGGGCGGAACCACUGGAGGGAGUGUCCCUGGGGCGCAAGGCAGCACGUCCCCUUCUCAGUCUGGCUAGAGGAGUCUCAGGAGCAGCUCACUCACCUCACUUUGUGCUCCGGCAGCUGCCCCUUGGCUUGGAUUCCCUUCCCGGGGGCCGUGCUGCAGGCUCACGGGACCCUGUGUGCCCUGCUGGGCAUUGUCUGCAGGGGUUUGUUAGGGACAGAGCCUCCCUGGGGUAGGAGGUGACUGUUCACAGACCUGGAAAGCAGCACCCGGGGCGCUGCUAGGCAGGAGUGUUGGGCUGCCUGGAGGCGGGGUCCCCUGGCUGGCGCGGUGGAGUGGCUGUCAGGCUGCUGUGCAGGGUGAUGUGAGUGCAGGACUUGUUUCUGGGGGGUGGAACCAUUUUUCUGGGGUCUCUCUAGAAGGACUGGACUGAGUUGAUCCUCACUGUUGGGCCUGGCCCAGACCUCGCCAGGGAGGGACUGGGACUGGGGAGGGGUUGAGCCAGGGAGUGGGGGGCCCCGCACCGUGUGCCCCAGAGCAUGGUGGGCUCAGGGCCAGUUGUCCUUUAUAGAAGCAGGUUGACUUUCUGUGUCCAGCCAGCCUUUAGAUAAUUUUUUCAGACUCCCAGCAACUGAGGUUCAGCCUCUAGCUUGAAAUUCCAUACAUGCCACACAUGACUCUGAAAACAGCAUAGCUAUGUACUUAGGGCCAUUUCUUCUUGUUUUGAGCCUCACGUUACUAAAGCUCCCUUUUUCUGUUGUUGGCAGGGAUAGGUAGGGUACAGGCUAGGAAGGAAUCACUCUCUCCACAGAGCACUUUAUAAAAGCCCAGUCUCCAAACCCUGGGGUGCCCACUGCCAUGUAGCCAGGAAAUACAGACCUGGGUGAUGAGGUUGUGGUCCAGAGCACUGUGCCCAUGGGGCAUGACAAACCGAUGGGCAGGAGCCGGGGCCCCCAGCCUGGCUCAGGAGUGUCCUCACUUGCUCGGUCACCUGAGGGCCGUUGGGCCGAAGGAAUCCUGUGCUCAGGGCCUCGGCUGCAGUGGACGGGUGGGGCUGGACCUGGGGAGGUGGGGCAGCGCUGAGACCUCUGAGAGGGUUCCGCUUUGGCGUCCUUCUGGGAGUUCUGAAUGUAUUUUCAAAACCCAUCAGUGUCAUAGGUAUCUGUGCCUUUUCAUAUUAUUUCUGGUAUUUAUGUAUUUAUUUAUUUAUGCCCUGCCUUGUUCCAGGAAAGGGUUCAAGGUUGUCAUGCUUAGUUUUGAUGUUCUCUUUUGACGUUUGAUAAGUUUUAGUCAACAAGCGCUUGUUAAACAGGACGUUUUAAAAAGAAAGGACAGUUUCUUUCUUUUUCAACACAAUUUCCUCAUGUUGAAUAUGGUUCUGUUAUCAGACCUACGUGCCAUCAUUUUUCCCCUUUCUUCUGUGAAUUGACUCUUCAAGUGGAAGGUUCAUGCAGCGGUGUAAGAGAGGAGCCUGCAGGCAAGGUUGGACCGAGGCAGGGAAAGUCCGCCUUGGAGAAGAAUGCUCUUCUGUGCUGAGCUGCCUCCUGCCUGGCCCUGAGCAGGCCUGGCCCUGGGGAGGCCACCUUCUGACGGCAGGGCCGGCCAUUCCUUUCUUGUGGGGCUCUCAUGAGGACACAUGGGAGAAUGUCUGCGAAAGCACUGGGCACUUGAGCCGUCCUGGUGGCGUGUCAGCGGUGUCUCUGUGCGCGUGGUCCUUCUUCUCGGCGGAUGUGCCUUUGAGGUGGUGGCGGCCUGUGGCCUUGCUGGUCGCCUGGGCUUUGUGCCCGGGGGACGGUGAGAGUCGUGGCAGCCGUGACACAGGCGUCCCGCGCAGGUAGAAGGGCAGGGACGCGCGUGGAGUCACAGGGGAAGCCAGGUGUGCUCCAUUUAGAGGGUUGUCUUAGUCUGAGAUACGUUCUUCCUAAUUUGGGUGAUGAAAUGUCCUUUUAUGUAACGAAGGUGAUAAUUGAGGGCGACAUUGUUGGUUUUUUUAAUGCACCUGGCUGCAGAAUAAAAUGUUGGCUGCCCUUCGUCAGAUCCCAGAACUUCUUUUUAAGUUGGCCAGGCUCUGAGACCCAGCGUCGGGACCCACAGUCUGUCUAUAGCCUGUGUUCACGACUGAGGAGUUCGUCCUGGAGUCUCCAGCGGCCUGUCCGCAGCUGAAGGAGAGCCCGUGGCUCUGCUGCCUGGUGGUCCGGGGACAGGCCCUGUGGUCACUGGGAGGAUCAGGAGCGCGUGCUUGUGUCUGUGAUGACAGCGCCAUCCCUGUGGUGGUGGGCCUCUGGCCACCCCUGAAGGACCCUCCCAGGAAGCUAGCGUGGCUCCUCAGUGGGGCUGCCGCUCACCCUGGGCACCUGAGGCACCCCAAGGCUUGGCGCUGGCGGUGGGGUGGGCCUUCUGGUGCCAGGGCUCAGGCUCUUCCCCUGCCCCUGGGGCCGCCUGCCAGGCACUCAGCGGCUGGGCCUGAGGGGCCUGGGUGCCCCACUAGCUCGGCGCUGUCUCCUGGAAGUGUCUCAUUCGGCCGCCUGACAUCUCUCUCUCGCUCACUGGGGCCUCACUCUCCUUCUCACGCUCCCCGCCCUCCAACCUGACUCCUUUGAUGUGGAAUAAAAUGACUGAAAUGCACACGAGUGGUCAGUGGGAUCCUGUCCUCGGAGAGUUCCGUGGGAGGGACAUGCAGGUUCUGAAGUGCAGUAGUCUGUGGAACAUACACCGUAAAUUGUAGGGAGAUGGUUGGAUGGGGAAGUGAGUGAGGGUGGAGGUGGCUUCUGUUGCCUUAACUCAUGCUCAGUGUCUGGAGGGCACGAGGGUCCUUUCUUUUGGACCUCAGGCCUCUACCACGCGAUAUGUGCGUGUGCAUGUGUCCAGGUCCGUGUGGUGUCUGAGCAUGGCCCUCCCGGGUGUUAGCACCUCAGUUUGCUGCUGUGGUUUAGCCGCCAGCACCCCUGUGCCUCCCUGCAGUGUUUGCCAGCCCCCGUGAUUUCUGUCUGGUGUUGGGCCUGUGCGGUGUGACACGCACUGGAGCCCACGUGCUGCAGGAGCACUGGCAUCAGCUCUGGGUCUUCCCUUUCUCUUUGGUAGUGACCGCGCUUGUCUGCAGCAGCUGGGACCAUGGCUGUUGCUGCCCUUGGGCCUGGUUAGGAGCUUUCAGAAAUGGGAUGGACAUCUUUGGCAGGUUAUUGUAACUGUAAUGAAUGCUUUACUCCCUGUUGACUCCCCCCAAAUGCCUUAAUUCUGUGUACUGUUUAUCUCAUUGGAGAGAAGAAUUGAUCACGUGGUAUCUUUGUAUAUGCACUUCAGGUAGAGACAGUGGCUCUCCAGAGUUUCUCAUGGUUUGCAGAGAGGGCCAUCUGUAAAUGGGAGUCUAACCGGCUUCUUUCCCCUGCUCUGGGGGCCCCCAGUGCCCCCGGGAGGCGCUCAUAGUGCUGCAUAGGUUUAAACUGGGAUGAGCCUGUUUCACUUUGUGGGUUUUUAGUCUGAAGAGAAAGUGCCCCUAAAGUGUCUGAAACACAUGGCUCUCCAUCGUGGUGACACUGUCCUACAGCGCUCUCUUGGGUAGGGAGGUGGUGGGGACUGUGUCAUAUGUGACUUAUUUUGACAGUGGGAGGGUGAGUUGUGAAGCUUUGGGAAUGAAUGAACUAAAUAAAGCGUUUAUUCAUUUCUCCAUGACUCCAUGGCAUGUCUCUGUAUUUGCUAUUAAUAUUUCAGAUAUUUUCUUUGUUCCUCAUACCAGUCCCUAAGGCCCAUCUGUAGACGUACACCUCUCCUGCU